AGACUGGGACUGGGGGAAGAGGCAGAAAGAGGAAAGCCGGUGGAGAACAGCACCAUCAGAGGGAAGCAGGUGGAGAACAGCACCAUCAGAGGGAAGCCGGUGGAGAACAGCACCAUCAGAGGGAAGCAGGCGGAGAACAGCACCAUCAGAGGGAAGUAGGUGGAGAACAGCACCACCAGAGGGAAGCCGGUGGAGAACAGCACCACCAGAGGGAAGCAGGCGGAGAACAGCACCAUCAGAGGGAAGCAGGUGGAGAACAGCACCAUCAGAGGGAAGCAGGCGGAGAACAGCACCAUCAGAGGGAAGCAGGUGGAGAACAGCACCAUCAGAGGGAAGCAGGCGGAGAACAGCACCAUCAGAGGGAAGCAGGUGGAGAACAGCACCAUCAGAGGGAAGCAGGUGGAGAACAGCACCAUCAGAGGGAAGCAGGUGGAGAACAGCACCAUCAGAGGGAAGCCGGUGGAGAACAGCACCAUCAGAGGGAAGCAGGUGGAGAACAGCACCAUCAGAGGGAAGCAGGUGGAGAACAGCACCAUCAGAGGGAAGCAGGCGGAGAACAGCACCAUCAGAGGGAAGCAGGUGGAGAACAGCACCAUCAGAGGGAAGCAGGCGGAGAACAGCACCAUCAGAGGGAAGCAGGUGGAGAACAGCACCAUCAGAGGGAAGCAGGUGGAGAACAGCACCAUCAGAGGGAAGCAGGUGGAGAACAGCACCAUCAGAGGGAAGCAGGCGGAGAACAGCACCAUCAGAGGGAGCAGGCGGAGAACAGCACCAUCAGAGGGAAGCAGGUGGAGAACAGCACCAUCAGAGGGAAGCAGGUGGAGAACAGCACCAUCAGAGGGAAGCAGGUGGAGAACAGCACCAUCAGAGGGAAGCAGGUGGAGAACAGCACCACCAGAAGAAGCCGAGUCGUCGUCUCCAGACUAACGCGCCUCACAAACGCUUCAGAUACGAUGAGGACAGGAGGCGCCGCCAGCCGGCCGCUGGGCCGGACCAGCAGCAGCGGCAGCGUCCACACCGGCCGCGUGGGAGAGGAGCGUCCGGGACCGGAGGACGUGGACGGAGACGUGAAGACGCCAGGACAGACCCUGCGGUCAGAACCAGGUUCAUGUCUCCGGAGUUCAAGGAGCAGAACGCCGUGCAGCUGGACGGACGCCUGCUGUGCAGACACUUCCUGCUGGGCCGCUGUGUGAAGGGCGAGGACUGCCAGCUGGAGCACGUCCAGGGCCGGAACGACCUCCUCCAGGACUGCUGCAAGUUCUACGUCCAGGGCUUCUGCAUGAAGGGGGACGCCUGUCCGUUCAUGCACCAGUCGGUUCCCUGCAAGUUUUUCCACAGAAAAGGAAAGUGUUCCCAGGGAUCCAGCUGCAGGUUCUCCCACCAACCGCUGACGGAGCUGACGGAGAAGGUGCUGGACACGCUACUGAAACGGGAGGAGCAGCAGCUUGAGCUGGCUCGGACGAAGGACGCUUCAGGACCGCCCGAGGAGCUGAAGCCCGCAGAGCCGGAGCCCGUGGUAGAGACCUGUCUCCAGCCUGUCCGGCCGAGCUUCUACAACUCUGAAAGACAUGCUGAAACUCCAGACAAGGCAGAUAUGAAGGAGGCAGAGCCUCCUCUUCCUCCUCUUCCUCCUCCUCCUCCUCCUCCUCCUCUUCCUCCUCCUCCUCCCGUCAGUACAGCAGUGUGUUACUCCGUGGAGGCUGUGCUCGGACCUCAGCUCUCCAGACCCUUUCCUCCUUUAUUUACAGCUUCUACAAAUCAGGGAUCUACUUCCUGGUCUUGUGAAGCUCCGCCCUCCUCUGUGAACCGAGGUGAAGCUCCGCCCCCUGAUGCAGCACGCCCAGCUCCACUCUUCAAACCGCUUCCUCCUUUCUUCGCAUCCUCUGACACUACUCCACCCUCGGUGACGGGCGUUGGAGCUCCACCCUACUCUGCGAAGCGCGGUGAAGCUCCGCCCUCCUCGGUGAAGCGUGGUGAAGCUCCGCCCUCCUCGAUGAGGCGUGGUGAUGCUCCGCCCUCCUCGGUGAAGCGUGGUGAAGCUCCGCCCUCCUCGGUGAAGCGUGGUGAAGCUCCGCCCUCCUCGGUGAAGUUGGGUGAAGCCCCGCCUCCUGACGUAGCGCUCCCAGCUCCGCUCUUCAAGCCGCUUCCUCCUUUCUUCACGUCCUCUGGCGCUCCUCCACCCCCGCUGAACUCCGUCACCUGGAAACCAGAGGAGAAAUCCUCCGUGUCCCAAACCACACCCCCUCCGCCCGCGACCUCUGACCUGUGUGACCCUGAAACGCUCCCUCUGGAUGUCGGUGUCUCCGGCGGUCCAGAGUCUGUCCGGGGACACGGCGGCGUCCCGUCGGCAGCUCCUCGUCCCCCGGCUGGACCCAGACUCCCCGUGAAGCCGGUCUGCAGAGACCCCCGUCCCCAGCCCUCCGGAGGGUCCAGCUGGAGCAGGACUCCGUCCCCCCACUGCUGGUCCUCACAGCCCAGACCGGGGAGACCGGCUCAGUCCUGCUCCGGGUCGUUCCUGGGACUCUUCAGAGCUCCUCUGCCGUCUGAAGACGGACUCCUUCACUCACCAGGCUCUCAGGACGGAGGACAGAGUCCAGGAAGACCAGCUCAGCCCCUCAGCGGGCCUGCAGGCUCCUCGGAGCUGCUGGAGGACCGCAUGUCCAGACCGGGUCCAGCUGCAGACCACCGGCCCUCCACCGGAGCUGCUGCAGGUUCGGUCCUGAAGACCUUGUUUGUGAGCCUGAGUCCCUUUGAGGAGGAAGCAGGAGGCCAGAGCGGCGUUCAGGUCCCCCACGGCGGCUCCCCGCCCGCCGGCAGGAGAGCAGCGGCAGGAAGGAGUCUCGGCGAUCCAGGAAAUGAAAGAAAGGAGCCGAGCGCAGCGUCUGGAAACCAGCCCCCUGAACCGGACCGGCCCGAGUCCUCCGGGCCCCUCAGCGGACGGGGCCUCCAGCGCGCACCACUUCCUGUCCGGACCGGAGGCCGGGAGGCGGAGCCAGCGCCGACGCCGCUCAAGAGCCUUUUCCAGGCGUUAGACACCUCCAUGUUCCACUCAGGACUUUAACCAUCCGAUCAACAGGUUUCAGAGUCCUCCUUCACCUGUUGGCGCCGUGAAAACAAACCCCUCCCCCAAGACCACCAGGACCAGCUGAGGACUGGCACACAUGCUUUUUUAUUAUAUAUAUUUUUUUAAAGUAAAUCAUGAACAGGCUGAUUAUAUGAAGCUGAGAACAGUUUUGAUGUGAAGAGGUGAAACUGCAUUCAGUGAUUCUCAUCAGAGCGAUGAAAUACAGCUUUUAUUAUGAAACUC